AUGGCUUCGUAUGUACCUCCAGCAUUGAAUAAUUCUUUAAGAACUGUUGAAUGGAUGUGGCAAUCAAAUCCAAAUCCUUUUUCAGAGUCUGAACCGGCUACAUGGAGUCAUUACUCAGAUUUAGAAAAUUUAAUUAUCGAAAAAGCAUUUCAAGAUAAACAACCACGAGCUCAACUGGAUGAUUAUUUUAUUGAUUUCGAAAGGAGUCUUCAAAUAUCGAACACUGAUGAUUACAACCAAAGAUCGAUUAAACGAGUGGUACGUAGAGAAGCACGUUUUAGAGAUCUUCCUGUUAGUUAUAAACAUUCAUUUGGUGGUGAAUAUGGCUGGGUAUCCCCAUUUGUAAUAGAAGUCAGACGAGACUUGAAACUUGAACCAGAUGACUUACCUUCGAAAAAAGCAAGCCUAGUUCCGAUACUUGUGGAAAAAGCAGUACAAGGUAUUAUUGAAGAAGGUAUAAGUAUCGAGAAAACAUGCGAAGCUGAAAAACUAGCUGAUAUGCUUCUAAAAGAGAAAAACGCAGGAAUCGAAGAAGUUUGGAGAUGCUGCGCUUAUCUUUAUACCUCGGAAAGUUUCUUGUACAAAACAUUAAAUGCAGCGAUGAGAUUGGUAGGAGACAAAGAACAGGAAGAAGUAUGGCGAAGUAAAGUUCGUACAUUGGGUCCAUUCUGUUUAUUAUUGUGGGAUGAUCCAUUUAAUACAAAAGUGACAACCAAAAAGACACUUUAUCGAGGAGCCACUCUAACUGAAGAACAGAUCGCUGCUUAUGCAAAAAUGGCCAAAGAUGACAUGGAUUAUGGAUCAUUUCAAGCGUAUACAUCAUGCAGUCGAAAUCGAGACGUAGCAGAGCAAUUUGGAAAUACUUUAUUCAUUAUGCAAGUCAAAUUUGCUUUUAUUGCCGAUCUAAGUCCAUUGUCUGACUUUUCUGCAGAAGAAGAAGAACUUAUUACACCCGGUGUUUCUUUUCGUGUCCUCAGUAUUAAAUUGGAUCCUACAAAAAUUCUUCGUGAUCUGCUUCGUGACGUUGAUCUUUAUAAUCUUACUGAUGCUGACGCUGUUCUUCUUGACGAUCUCCUCGGCUUCGAAGGUCAAUGCAUCAGAUCUGGUGAUAUCAAUAAAGAAGUACGAAUGGUUCUGUUGGGUGGAACUGGCAAUGGUUAG